GAGUUUCUAGAUGCUACUAGACUCUUCUCCUCCCCCAACUUCACCGUUUUUCAGACAAAAGACUCUCAACACUCAAAUGUAGUAAUACUAAUAAAAAAAAAACAUCAUUACUUCAAUCCUUAAACCCCCGUAGAAAAACACAAACACAGAGCUCAAACCUUAAACAAUGUUCGGUGUUGUGUUCCCCGACCGCAGUUUCCCUAUGGACAUAUCCGCUUUCUCACAAAUCGACACUUUUCACUGGAUCCUCGACAUGAACACUUUUGUUGGUGAAGCAUAUGAUCAAGUACGAGAAAUUUGUAUUUUUCUCUUAAACAGCUUUACUCUUCCGCCAGAUAAAGCUCUGGCGGUGUAUAUUCAGUCUCCAGGGUCUGAAUUUCAGUUUUGUGGGGCGGUGACAAUAACGCGCCCUUCGGCGGUUUUGACGUUGAAUUGGCCGGAACCUGGUGGUCAGUUGCAGCUGACAGGGCCAGAUACGGCACCCCUUUCGGCGAAAAUAGGGGUUUCGGUGGAGGAUUUGGCAUCAUUGCCUUCGCUGGAUGUAGCGGCGGAGAAAGGGGUUGAGAGGGUUGCGAUGAAAGUUGGGGAGAAUUUGUUUAAUUAUAUGCAGUCGUUUUGUGGGGUUGAUGGGAGUAAGUUGAUUGUUCCUAUGGAUAUUUUGGAUAGGUGGUUUAAGAAGUUUCGAGAACGGGCGAAAAGGGAUCCUGAUUUCUUGAAGAGUUUUCGGUUGUAGUUUUUUAUUGAAUGGAAUUGAAGUUACUUCACUCAACAGGGUUUAUGAUUCUCUUGUCCUGAUUUGGCACCCAUCUGUGCUUCCAAUUAUCGGUGACCAUUGAAAAUCUACUGUGAACUGCAUAACUGAUGAAGGCUUUAUCCUUAUACCACAUUAAAGUUUGUUUUGAAUAGCAUCUCUAGAAAGAGGGUGCCUCGCCACACCCACAUUUCUUUUUGUCGCGGAGAGGUCUCCAGUGUAGCCUUUCUUUCAGUAUAUGAAGGGAAGUAUGAGAUGGAAGGGGCUGCAUUUUGUUUUCUUACACAUGUACUUGGAGACAGCUAGGUCAAUUCACUAAUGUCCAGUAUGUGCACACAGCCGUGCGGAAAGUUCCUUGUUCUACUGCAUUGCAAUCCCUGUCCAACAGAAAAGUAUACCCUGCUUUAGCAGAUAUACAUACCAGAUUGAUUGCAUUGUAUAUUAUCUGGACAUCCUGGGAAUGGAGGGAUGGGCAAUUGCAGUAUUUUUUCUGCUGACAAUUUAGAUCUAUUGAGUGGGAUCACGUUGUCAGUAAUGGUUCUGACUAUCUAUGAAUGUACCUCACUCAGUUGGGAUUAUAAUAUCCAUCUUUGACACCCACCUGUGGUCCCGUAUGAAAAGAUAGCUUUACGAAUGGCAUGUCUUGUAAAUAUUAUUACUGAGACUAGAAGUAAUUUUCAUCAUAGCCUUGCCAAGUGGGUCUGAUUGAAUAGCUCUAGGUCUUGAGUGUGAUCUUCUUUAAUUGAUAAUAACCAGUGUUGUCUCCUUGUGGUAUCAUUUAUCUAAAGGUCUAUAGGAGUAUUUCAGAUUUUAAAUGAUUUUCCAACAAACAGUUGCUGAGAGAAAAUGAUUUAGUAGCUUCAGGUAUCCAAAUUUCAAUGUAGCCUCUCUCUGGCAAUAUCUAUUCAUAAUAUGAGAUGCGAGUGUCUUAGGUUUGAUAUGAUUUUCCGAAGUAGCUUUGCUGGAGCCUGGAGGACCUGAUUGAAUGGCUAUAGGUCUCAACUUCCCAGCCUCCAGUAUCCUUAUGUUGUUUGCUUAGCAGGGGAAGGGGUUUCACUUAGUAUUCUUACCCAUGUAGAGUUCUAUGUUGUAGGCUGCCUAUAAAGUUGGUAUCAGUUUGUUUAGUACAAUAAUCUCUUUUGGGUGCACAUGGCAGUGCUGUUGUAACCUUCUUUCUUAGUACAUUUUGAUUCUUGUACAAGCAAGAAGCACAUCCUGCUUCAUUGUAUACGCACUGGAUUGAGUAUAUUUCCUAAGAUCUUCCAUCCGGAUGUCCCUUGAUUCCCGUGACUGAGGGAUAAUUGCCUUAGUUACACCCAAGGCAUUUUGGUUGAGUUACUAAAUGAAUCACACUCACAGCAAUGGUUCCAAGUAUUUGUGAGCUCUCUUGACUCAACAUUGUUAUGGAUAUGGAAUAGCUGAAUGAUUUUUAGUAUAGCAUUGCGAAGUGGGCAUGUUUGGAUGCCUCAAGUUCUCCUGCGUGGUUCCCAUCUGGCAAUAUUUAUGUUCUUCUGGUAUGCCUGGUAAGAGAAUAGAGGAUUUGGAGCAUUUCGUUUUGGUAUGAUUUUGCUAGUGCAUUUAUGUGUUUUUUAAGUGAAUUUCUGGAUCUGACUGCUGCGAGCUUAUUGGGGGAAGGGGUUGUGCAUGUUUUCUGAUCCUUGGGGAGUUCAAAACAACAGAAAAGCAGCAUGCCCUGCCUCUGUGGAUGUGCACCAGAUUUAGCGCAUUACCUAGGGUUUUUAACUUGGACAUCCAGGGACGUGAGUGGGGUUGUUGCAGUAUUUUUUUUGUUUGACACAUGAAGAUUCAUCAAUAAAAUCACAGUUGAGCAA